AUGGUAUACUUGGUACCAGGAUCCUUGGUCAGUGAUGUGGACCCACAUCUUGUCCAUACAUCAGCAGCCUUUGAAGAUGAAGCCUCACCAACUUCAAGCGUGGAUCGGCGCGACGCCCCCAGUUCCGCCCGACCCCCAAGUCCUGCCUCGAGCGCUGGAAGAACUACUCUAGCCGGCAUCAAGAGCGCCCCCCUCACCGCCGACGAGCAGUCACCUCCUCCUCCGCCUCCGCUCCGUCACGGCAACAACUGGAAGCUGAUCGCCGCCCACCUCCCCGGCCGCCCGAAGCGACUCGGCAAAUGGUAGGUCUUUAAGGAGAAGAAGCAGAGGGAGUCAGAGCAGCGGAGCGGGGGGAGGAGCGAGGGGGGUUACUCGACCCAGCAAGUACGACCGGAUCUCGAGGAUUUCGCCGAGAAAUUGGUACUAAAACAUUUAGUUUACCGGCGAUGCUGCCGACGUGGCUGUCUCCUAGCCCCCUCCGUCAACCUGACUGUGGUAGGGGCCCCCGGCGGCGGCGGCGGCGGCCCAGUGGGCCGUCGGCCGGCGCCGACGCGGGGGGCUUGCUUGAUGGAGUGCUGUAGGAGAAUGGAGGAGCUGCAAGCGCGGGCGUGGGCGGCGGAAGAGGGAAAGGAGGCGGCGUGGAGGCUGAGGAGGGUGGAGAGUCAGGUGGAGGCCGAAGGGAGACGGCGGAGGAGGAGAAGAGCGGAGGAGUUUCGAGGCCAGGAAUCAGCGGCCGCUGAGGGAGGAGGAGAGGGCGGGCCUGUGGAGGAGGAGCGAUCGAGGGAGAUUCAGGGAGGUGUCGCGGCGCUGAGGAGGGACGCGGCGGGCGAGGAGAGGAUGGCGAGAGAAGCCGGCGGAACGCCGGGCACGAGAGCGAUGCGCGGAUGGUGCGUGGAGCGCGAUUGCGGUGGGCCCGGGACGGCGGCGGGCGGCGGCAGGCGCGCCGUGAGCGGGGUAACGGGGGCGCGAUGA